AGAAAUUAAAGCGAGUGGAGGAAUAGGAUGAUGAUUUGACCCCAAACCCAAUAAACGAGCACAAAUGAAUGAAAACGAGAAAAGAAUAAGAAUAAGAAUAGCUCCUCUUUCUUUCUCUCUGCCCCUGGCCGCCACUCCUUUAGAUCAAUCGCCGCUGCCAUAAAGCUCCCGUCUCUCUCGUUUCCACCUUCUCAAUCCUUUCUACUUCCUUUCCGGUGGUAGAAAUGUCGACUCCUGCGAGGAAGAGGCUGAUGAGAGAUUUUAAGAGGUUGCAACAGGAUCCUCCUGCAGGAAUCAGUGGUGCCCCUCAGGACAACAAUAUUAUGUUAUGGAAUGCUGUAAUAUUUGGUCCAGAUGAUACUCCAUGGGAUGGAGGCACGUUUAAAUUGACACUCCAAUUUACGGAGGAUUAUCCAAACAAGCCACCAACCGUACGAUUUGUAUCUCGAAUGUUUCAUCCAAAUAUUUAUGCAGAUGGGAGUAUUUGUUUGGAUAUAUUGCAAAACCAAUGGAGUCCUAUAUAUGAUGUAGCUGCUAUACUCACUUCUAUCCAGUCAUUGCUUUGCGAUCCCAACCCAAAUUCGCCUGCAAACUCUGAAGCAGCUCGGAUGUUUAGUGAGAACAAGCGUGAGUACAAUCGAAGAGUGAGGGAAAUAGUGGAGCAGAGCUGGACAGCCGACUAAGCCCAUCCUACUCCUGUGAUUCUCCAAUGGCAUGAAUUAGGUUGCAUUGCUAUCUACAAGACUCAUUGUGCAAACUUUACAAAUUCCAAGUCUUAUUCCUUGCUGUUUUGAAUGCUAGCUCCAUCUUUAAUUGAUUGUAGUUUUUGCAUUGUGCAUGUCAGUUAUUGUAAUAUAAGAAAUACUGUGUCAAUUUGCAUUUGAUUGUUGGCAAGAAAAUGUGUAAGUUGUAGUUUCUGAAAUGGUUAUGACCUAUGAUAAUAAGGAUUUAUAUUAUGUUCGCCUUCUCAA